AUGUUCACCUUGGGUGGUGGGACGAGCUUCCGUUUCGACCAAGUGCUCUCGCCAGGGAUUGAUCAAGCUGGUGUUUUUCGGCUGGUGGGCUCCGACGUCGUUGAUGGGGCGUUGAACGGCUACAAUGGCUGCGUUCUAGCAUACGGCCAGACCGGAGCUGGGAAGACGUUCACUAUGUCGGGAGGAGGCCCACGUCGUCGCUUCGAGGAUCGCGGGCUCAUUGCUCGAUCAUUAUCACGUGUAUUUCAGCGCACUCAACAGGACGCUGACCACUCGUAUGCACUGCGCAUGUCAUACCUCGAGAUUUACAAUGACCGCCUCAUAGAUCUACUUGCGCCAGGUAUUGGCAAUCAUGGUACGAGCCAAGCCUCGAACGAUCUCACAAUUCUGCAGAACGCACGCGGACAAACGUUUGUGCGGGGACUCACGAAGUCUCUCGUGUCCAGCGAGGAACAGGCACUGGACCUAGUUUUUCAAGGCGAAACCAACCGCGCAGUGGCUGAACAUGCGCUCAAUGAUGCGUCAACACGUUCGCACUGCAUUUUCACGUUGUACCUAGAGCGGAAACGUAGCGUCAUGUCUUCUGAACUGAUGGAAGAAGAUGGAAUGCGAGAAAUAAUUGAAGACGAUGUGGUAUACAGCAAACUGCACUUGGUAGACCUAGCAGGGUCAGAGCGGAUGAAAAAGACGUUGACGGAGGCAGGUUCCACAAGGGCCAACGAGGCCUGCUAUAUCAACCGGUCGCUAUCAUUCCUAGAGCAGGUUGUGCUUGCGCUAGGGAGCAAAAACCGAGCGCACGUGCCGUUUCGACAAUCACCACUGACCAACUUACUCAAGGAUUCACUGGGUGGCAACUGCCACACUUUCUUGGUAGCAUGCGUAUGGCCAGCGCCGGCACACGCCGACCAAAGUCUGGCGACACUGCGAUUCGCAGCUAGAAUGCGUCGUGUCAAAACUCAAGCGAUUAUCAACGUUGCAACCUGCGGCGCUGGGUAUAAACUGGCAAACGAGGAGAGAGCUGCGUAUCGCGACGAGAUUCGACGGUUGCGUGAGGAGCUUGUCCUGUACGAUGCAAUUGCUGGGCAGACGCGGGCCGGCCACAGCAGCAAGGGAAACAGUUAUCAUGCCGAGGAAUUGAGGCGUCAACAGAUAACCGAGUUCUUGACAGAUGCUGAGCAGGUCCCACCAGUGCAGAGCGCUCGACAAGUCCAUCAACUGUUGCAAAGUUUUCGUUCAGUUUGCCUGGAACAGAAAGCAUCGGUCGAGUCAUCAAUAAAUCUGGCGAGAAAAACCGAGAGCAAAAUGGUGACGCAGAUUCGAGCCCUUCGAGGUCACACGCCGCCAGAUCUCAGUCCGUCGUCUGAGCUUAGUAAAAGCGCCAACAAUAUCAACAGAACGGAGCCAACCGCAACAAUCCUACCACCACUUCACAGAGGAAAUCAAAUGCCAUGGAGCGAACAGCAAGAAUUAGAGCAUUGGCAGCAGCAGCAGCGCGAGGCAUCAGCCCCUACCCUCGACGAGAGCGACAAAGAGCUCUUCGAACGUUUUAAGUCCAUGGGAGGCGCCAAUCCCGGUGCGGAGGCUCUGCGCGACCUGGAACAGGCCAAGACUAACCUCCGCGAGGCGAGGGCCCAGUUUGCAACGCUUGUUCUUGCAGUCAACCGCGUAAAAAUGGAGAUCGACGGGUACACACUGGAACUACACAAGCUGCGAGACCGCCCAACACCUGAUCAGCAGAAAGAGGUGGAAGCGACAGAGGGUAAAAUCAUGCCGCUGCUACAAGUGCAGGACGCGAAGAAACGGUAUCGCACCACGUUCGAGCAGCUUCAGGAGAAGAAGGCAGAGGUGAGCUACCUCGGCAAAAUUAAGGCGCAAAUGUUGCAGCAAGUAGCACUACAGUUUCAGGUAUGGAAAGAUCAGCACGAAAGGGACCUGGAGACGCUGGUGGCAGUCGGAUGGCCUGGAUAA